AUGGCGAAGGCGCGGGCACUCAAUACGGAGCAAGAAGCUCCUGGCAGCGUGAGAAUGGUGAGAGGAUUGAAAGAUGUGGUGACUCCGCCUCUGGCUUUCAUAGGCAUCGUCGGAGACAUCUCACAGCCCGGAAAAAUCAUGUCAUUAUACUUCCUCCAAAUACAACUCCUUCCUGGCGGCUUCCGUGUGGCAUCGCAACUCGAAACAUUGCCUUCGGAUCUCUCACUUGGACUUACACGAGACGGAAGCCUUUCUAAGCGCAAGCUAACACGAAACCUAUAUGACAUCUGUCGUGAUGGCCUCAACCAUCCAUGGCCUUACCGCACGUCACGUGACCUCGGUUACAUAAUCACCGAGGCCCACUUCGCUCGCACCCUCUAUAUCAGAGCGAGCUUCGAAGACACUCAGCCUGUCUUCCCUCCAUCUCAUCUCACAUCACUCCACACCAAAGUCACAGCAGACACAAACAUACACACAGAGUAUCGAUUAUCACACCAUAUUUAUCUCAUACAACAACGCUUCUUCUACCUUUGUGUCGACAGGUAUCAUAACCAAUACCAACUUACAAAGAAAACGGUGAGCAUCUCAUGA